AUCGCGAUGGUCGUGAAGGUGGGCGUGGCCGACCCGGAGCUCACGUCCGUGGCGCUGUACACGCCGUUGCCAUGGCCCAUGCGGCUCGAUCUGUUGCCAUUCACCUUCCUAUACGUUACCGCCGUGUAUCUGUUCGCUCUUAUGGGGGACUGGAAGCCGUCCGGGAUACUUAAACCGUUUUUACUUCCCGUUGUAAUCAAGCGAGGUCUCAAGUGCCCGAACUGGGACGUUUCCGACACGCGUGUUGCUGUUGUGGUCGGUGCCCACGCAGUUCAUGAAGACACCUUCUGUGGAUACUACCGUGCAACUAUCCCGCCGUCCUCCGCAAGCUCGGACUUGUUGCUUCCUCCACCCCCGGUCACGGGCCUUUCCAAGGCCGAUCUCUGCGCCCUCGACAUCGCUCGCUCUCGCUAUGCGUUGGAUCUGGUCAAAGUCACGCCGGAGCGUCCGCCACCGCAGAACUUACACGAAAACUCCGUUUAUCCUAAGAUCUUCUGCUUCGUGAACACCAUUUCA